CGAACUCAUCAACACGACAACGGCACACGAGAACCACACCUUUUUUUUUUUUUCAUCCGUAUUACAAUUCUUUAUAAAACCGCUCUCUCAGUUGAUAACUGUAAAUCGGCGCGAGUAUAACUAUUUUAUCUACGUACAGUGGCGACUUGACAUCUGUCAAGGACAAACGUGAUUUAUGUCACUUGAUUUUUUAUUUAAUGUUUACCCGAUUUUUAUUAAGUUCAAGGUCAAAAAUAUCGCGAGGUGAAUUUUAUUCAUUUAACAAUAAUUCUUAUAACGACUUAUUGUUAUAUUUAACUAGAGUAUUUCAUCAUUGUGAGUUUUAUUCAGUUAUUUUUAAUAAUAAUAAUCAUCAUCAACAUCAACGACUAUUUAAAGUGAAGGAUACUAACUUAGUAUCCUGAUUAAUAAUAUUUGUGGUAUGAAAAAACCUCCAAGAGUAUCUUCUAAAGACAAUCAAUAUUAAUUUAAUAAAUAAAGUGAACCGGCAAAAGAACAUUAAAUUGACUAAAAAAUGCCGAAAAUAUUUUUAAUCAAGAAUCGACUGCACCAGCAGCAAUUAAGACUACUUGAAGCUCAACAUCUCAGUAAAUCACCACCACCAAGUGGAAAGGAUAGUCCACUAAGUUCGGAACCACUUAGUUUGAUUGUUAAUAAGCAUCAAUAUCGCGAUAAAACUGAUGAUGAUCGAGCAACAACGCCUGAAUCAUUACGUAGUAAUUCACCGGCAAAUUCACCACCUCCACAAUGGCAGCCAUCAACAACACCAACGAAGACAACACCAAGACGUUUUAUAUCAAGUAUUCUAGGUGGUGAUGUGCCUUACGGUAGCAGGAGUCAUGUGUUAACUCGUGCAGAACGUAAAGAAUACGGUAGUCCACUCGUAGUACCUUCUGAGAAAUCAUUCCCACAUAAAGCAGAAAAGCUAGAACUACCAAGGCCAUCAACACCACCAGCAACACCUAGAGUUGAACCACCAACAAGAGUAUCAGUUAUUCAACGAGUUCCACCACAAACACAACCACCACGUCAAGAGCAUACGAAAAUUGAGAUACCAUGUUUAAGUGAACCUGAACAGGAUCAACCAAUAGACUACGCAGUUCCAAAGAAGAAAGAAGAAAUUGAUGAUGAACAAUCUAGAGAAGGUGCUAAAGCUUCUAGAACAAUGGGAAAUUCAAUAGCAAGACCAUUACUAGCUAUGAGACUAUCAGGACCACAAACAGUGAAUGCAGCAGCAGGACAUGGACGAUCGACGAGUUCUGGUGGUAGUGGAUCUAGUUCUGGUGGAUCAAAUGCAAGUUCUGGAAGCACUGGUGGUGGUGGAUCAUAUUCAAGUUCAAGUUCAGGUGGUGGUGACGGUGGUGGUUCAUUAGGUGGUGGUGGUGGUGGUGGUGGAAAUGGUGACGGUGGUAUGAAUCCUGGUGGAAAUGGAGGUAGAGGUCAUUAUGGUCCAAGUUCACCACCGUCUGGUUCAUUACCACCAUUUUAUGAGUCACUCAAAGGUGGAAAUAAUCUGGCCAAUUUUGUUAAUCAGUACUCUGGUACACAGAAUAAUGGUUACCUUACACCAACCCCAUCAGUUGGUAUGGAAUGCGAUACUGGCCAACAAGAAGUCUCCCAACACAACCAAUACAAUGCUCAAGAAGGCAAGCAAUAUUCCUUACUACAAAAUGCCUGUGCCUCUUACGGAUUAGUACUUAAGGAAGAAGAAGAAGAGGAAGAUCUAGCAGACUAUAAAAUUCAACCGAAUGAUCUUUUAUCUGGCCAAUAUGGUGCUUACGAUGUCACCGAUUCUGGUAUGAUGGUUGAUAUGGUUACAGGGGCUGUUGUAGAUCCACUUCAAUUCACAGCCACAUUGACAUUCAGUUCACCAUCAGAUCAUACUGCCCUUCUAGAAAGUCUAAGCGAUGCUGCUGACCUUUUCCUACCACGGCUUCCAACUGACGACGGUGGCAAUGACCUUCUAGAAGAUUCACUACACUCACCAGCAUCAGCUGGCAGUGGUAUUGGUCAAGAUGGUCAAAUGACAACUCCUGUUGAACCAAGUGUUGAUCCAUUCCCAGAACACAGUAUGGCAUUGACACGUGGAUUUGAUACAUCACGACAUUAUACCACCAAUCAACAAUUCUCCAUCUCCAAAAUGUCAACCAUCCCCUACUCCGAUGAAUCUAGCUAUCAAUCGCUUGCCAAAGAACGACCUGAAUUAGCACUACAUAUAAAUCAGAAUCAACAUCAAUCAGAACCUCAACUCCAACAGCUUCAAAUUCAAGUCCAAAUGCAACAACACCAGCAACAAUCAUCAACUUCUCCUCAUCAUCAGCACCACCAUCAAGGCCUUCUAAGUCCUGGAUUAAGUUUCUCUGGUAGUGAAAUGUCAUUUCUAGGGUUAGAUCUCGACACUGGAAGCAGUACUGCUGGAAGUUUACCAAGUCCCGGUGCUACUAAUUGUUCUGUUGAUGCAGUAUCAACCAGUACAUCACCACCAUGCGGUCUAAUGGAACAUGCACCAAGCCCCGCUGGAGUUACAGCUACUGUGAGUGCCACCACUGCUAUCAGUGCUAUCACUGCUGAUCCUCCCCUAACACAACGACCUGGCGUUCUUCAACAGAGGUUGGGUCUUCCGGGUGAUUGUCAGUUAGAAUUCGUGAAUGGAGGACAUGGAAUAAAGAAUCCGUUGGCCAUUGAAGGACAACGACAGGCAUCAAAUCGGGACGAAGAGAGAGCCAAUCGACAACCUUCUAGUAAGGAUGAUGAUCCUAAUCGAUUUACCUGCCGAGUAUGUAGCAAAAACUUCAGUUUACAACGGCUACUUAAUCGUCAUAUGAAGUGUCACAGUGAUGUCAAGCGUUACUUGUGUACGUUCUGUGGAAAGGGUUUUAAUGAUACAUUUGACCUUAAACGACACACGAGAACACAUACAGGAGUUAGGCCGUACAAGUGCAAUCUCUGUGAAAAAAGUUUUACUCAAAGGUGCUCACUAGAGAGCCAUUGUCUCAAGGUUCAUGGCGUUCAACAUCAGUACGCUUACAAAGAACGAAGGACUAAGGUUUAUGUUUGUGAGGAAUGUGGACAUACAACACAAGAGCCAGAGGUUCAUUAUCUUCACCUAAAGGAUAAACAUCCUUACAGUCCUGCACUCCUAAAAUUCUACGACAAACGACACUUCAAAUUCACCAACAGUAAUUUUGCAAAUAUGCUCUUACAGGAAGGAUAAAGAAUAUUUUUUAGAUAAAAAAAAAAACGAUGCGUUUACACUGAUGGGGAUCGUCGGUGAAGGGAUAUAGAAAUGAAUAUCAACUGGUAAUUAAUUAAUAAAUAAACAAAUUAUAUUUAUUAAUAAACAAUUAAGGUAUCCUUAGGCAUAUUAAUUAUGCCAUCAUCAUUAUUUAUAGGAUCCUUGAAUUAUUUAAAUAAUAAAACCAAGUCUUGUUUUUUUGCAUUAAAAAAAAAUUUUUUCGACUCUAAAUUUAAAUUUAAAUUGUUGAUAAAAAUUUUUUUUUAAUAAAAAAAAAAAACCAACAAGUUCAAUGUAAUCAUUGAAAAUAUAUCCUGCGAAGGACUAAUUAAUAUCUAGACGCUAUAUGCGUUAGGGUAACCUGUGAUAUAUGGGAAAUGGGUUGUCAAUAUGUUUUUUUUUUUUUCUUUCCACAAAUGGUUGAUUAAUGGAUAAAUAAAUUAAACAAAACCACGUAAGAAUGAUCGAGAGAUAAAAAUUAAUUUGUGUAUUA